AUGUUCUGCCUGAGGCACCACCAAGUCCCCAAUCCACUUGCGUCAUCAGGCACCAAGGCAUCCCAGUGGUCAUGUACAUCUACCCUUGAUCCCCGUCUAGAGGAUCUGGGGAAGAUUAUCAAGGAUGAAUACGCGGUAGUUCGCGAUCACUAUGAAACUCCAAAAUAUCCCAUUGUGCUUGCCCAUGGUCUUCUUGGAUUUGAUGAGCUACGUCUGGCGGGCCCUUUCUUUCCAGGGGUCCAGUACUGGCGUGGGAUCAAGGAAGCCCUAUCUAUGAAGGGUAUCGAAGUGAUCACGGCUACGGUUCCUCCAUCGGGCUCCAUUGAGAUGCGUGCCCAAGAGUUGGUCAAGGAUAUCGAUCAAGCCGGUCUUGGAAAAGAUGUAAAUAUUAUUGCAUCAAGUGGGUUGGAUGCUCGAUACAUGAUAAGCCGUCUCAGACCGAAGAACUUCAAAGUCUUGUCUCUGACAACCAUUGCAUCGCCUCAUCGAGGUUCGGCGGUUGCGGACUAUGUCCUUGGUCAGAUAGGUGAUGAACGACUGCCUCAGUUAUAUCAAGCCUUAAAGAGAUUCAAGGUUGAAACGGGGGCUUUCUCCCAGUUGACCCGCGAUUACAUGGAGAACACAUUCAACCCAAAUACACCCGACAUCGAGGAUGUUCGUUACUUCAGCUAUGGCGCAGCGAUGGAACCAAGCUUUUGGUCCGUUUUCUGGUAUUCUCACCGUGUCCUUAAAGAGAUCGAAGGCUACAAUGACGGGCUCGUCAGUGUGGCUAGUAGCAAAUGGGGAAAGUACAAGGGGACCCUUGAAGGAGUGAGCCACCUAGACCUGAUCAACUGGACAAAUCGGUUGAAAUGGCUGGCGGGUGAGAUUACUGGAAAUAGGCAAAGGUUUAACGCUGUUGCAUUUUAUCUUGACAUUGCAGACAUGCUUGCUAAGGAGGGCCUUUGA